GGUCUUUGUAUGAUUUCUCCGGCCGCAAUUCUGUUAAUUACGGCCUCAUCCAAUUUUUUGAUUUCUUUUGGUUCUUCCAUUCUAACCUAAAAAUUCAACCGCGCACUUUCAAAUCUGGGGAUUUUUAUGCGCGUCAACGUUUUUGACAGAUGACAGCAUGACAACAAGUUUUGUUUAUAAUUAUUGAAAUGUAUUUAAUUUUAAUAAUAGACGUGUAAAACCAAUUUAAGGACGUGUUUAUGAGUGAAACAAGCAAUUAAUAUUUCGAGUUGUCUCCAGUAAUUAGCUUCUGCUUGAUUUUCAACUACCGUGUGUGUCACCUUGAUACCCUUAAGUGGCGAAGUUGUACAAAUGCAGCCCUUUAUUGACAUAGGACUGAAUCCUGUAUUUUUGUCAAUAACAAAUAUCAGACAAAAUGUAAUAAAAUCAUGGCAGUUUUCAGUAAGUUUUAUCGUUUAAACUUCAAAAUGUGGUUAGUGGGUGACUUAACACCUCCUUUGAGUGUUCCUACAGUACUUAGCACUUUUAUCGUGUGUAUUAUAAGUUUUUAUCUUUUUAAAUGGUUGAGUGGUGACGGUAAUGUCCCUAUACGAGAUUCCUCAAAGAAUCACAGUUGGACCCCCAUUAAAAUCACCGCACGGGCAUGGUAUUGCUCAAUUUGUGAAUCUUUUUUAAUUAAUGGCAUUGGGGUUUAUUGCGAUUGUUGUGGUGUUUGUGCUGACCCAGAAUGCGUUAAAAAAGCCAACGCGAAGUUGCAGUGUAAAAUCGUGACGAGUAAUAAUGACAGUCAGGCGCACCAUUGGGUCAAAGGGAACUUGCCUCUGGGGGCUAUCUGUUGCUUUUGCAACGAGGACUGUUCAAUGGAGCCUGGUUUGAUUGACUACCAGUGCUGUUGGUGUCAAAGGACUGUCCACACCGACUGUCUUCCAAAACUCCCUAAAGAGUGUGAUUUUGGCCCAUUUAAAAACAUGAUAGUUCCACCCUGGUGCGUGCAAGUGGCACGUCGGAAGGGAGCUCUCAAUAAACACCUCUUGCUCCGCGGAGUCAAAGAUCCUGGAUGGAAAAACUGGACGCCUUUGGUUGUAGUGGCAAAUAAAAAAUCAGGCAACAGUGAUGGGGCUCUGCUCUUGUCUGAAUUCCGAAAAUAUUUGAAUCCUGUCCAGGUUAUAGAUUUGAGUGACCGGAAGCCACCAGCGGCGUUACAAUGGGCCGUACUUUUGGCUCCUAAAGAAAUAAGGGUUUUAGUGGGGGGAGGAGAUGGAACAGUGGCAUGGGUCUUGACAACUUCACAUAAAUUAGAUUUGGACCCGGAGCCGCCUCUUGCGAUUGUGCCUCUAGGGACCGGAAAUGACUUAAGUAGGGUUUUGGGGUGGGGGAAGGAAAAUCCGUCAGAGUUGGAUGUGGGAGAAGUGUUACAAAAUGUCCAGAAUGCGCGAUUGGCCCAAUUGGACCGGUGGAGAGUUGAAAUAACGUCUUCGAGACACUUGGGGCUACGCAUUCCGAACAAAACACUCUAUAUGUAUAAUUACAUCGGGAUUGGAGUUGAUGCACAGGUGGCUUUGAAUUUCCAUAAGACCCGAGAUAGCUUAUUCUAUGUGUUCGGGAGUAGAAUUUUUAAUAAAAUACUUUAUUUAUGUUUCGGUACCCAACAAGUGGUUACGUCAGAUUGUAAGAAUUUGGAACAAAAAAUCGACUUAUAUUUGGAUGGGAAACAAAUCGAUUUGCCUGAAUUGGAAUCAAUUGUUAUUUUAAAUAUACCAUCAUGGGGCGCGGGGGUCAAUUUAUGGGGUCUUUUGGGAAAUAACACAAAGCCGGCCCAGUCAUAUCAUGAUGGUGUUUUAGAAGUUUUAGGAAUCUAUUCUUCCUUUCAUAUUGCACAACUACAAGUUGGUCUUUCCACUCCAUUAAAAUUAGGUCAAGCCAAAACAGUUGAGGUACGGCUUAAGUCAAAAUCACCAAUUCAGAUCGAUGGUGAGCCUUGGGAGCAACACCCUUGUGUUAUAAAAGUGACUUUAGUCAAUAAAUGUCCUGUACUUAUUAAUCAGAGUAGAAGUUAGAAACAAAUGCAUUUAUAAAGUAUUUAUUCCCCGUUUCUUGCCGUGAUACUUAAAGUUUUUAACAUUUUUAAUAUUCCAGUACAAAUUUUUAUUUUGUGUUAAAUGUUUAUAUCAUGUUUUUAAUCUCUAUGUUGUAAUAAAUCGUGUAAAAAUAA